AUGCCCCCCCGUUCAUCGCCGAUAGCAUCAACCGUAUGUAUAGCGUCCAAACUCCGCCCCAGGGGACACCGGCCCUUCGUCACCAGUUCGCACGCCUCUGUCCGCCAACAACCGUGGACCCAAUCCAGCUGUCGUCGCCUUGUAAAACACCAGAGCCCACGACAAGAAUUGGUUAUAACCCCAUACAAUCAGUACACUUCGGCUGUUGCGGAAGCUGAAGUUAAUAUGACAGCGUUGGGGCCAUGGAUUUUUGGAAGAUUUUACGGGCCUGCUGUUGAACAGAAUCUAGGAGAAACGGCUACCGCGCAGAGUGUGGAGUUAUUCGCUUCGAUUGAGUACCACACCGACGUACUGCUCAGGGAGCGAGCACAACAGCGGAAACAAGAACAAGUAACUUUUCCUGAUUCUACUUUUCCCAUGCAUCACCCAGGAGAAGUCACUAAACACGAGGAUCCAUGGAUGCUGUACAGCUGUCUUGCGCACGAUCCGACCCUUCUCACUCAUUGCCCCAGCCAACUUUUUACCGUCAUUUUGAAUUACACUGUAUUAGCAGUGACAUCCCGCCAAACCUGCCUGGACCGCCUUUAUACCAUAAUCGCAGACAUGGGGUUCUGCCGAAUCAAACCAUCCUUGAAACACUGGACUAUUGUACUGAAAGCUUAUGAUCGUUGGGGAAAACUGGACGACGUCCCUUACAUGUUAUGGGAGAUUCAGCGGAUGUCUCAGCUGGCUGCUGGAAGAGGGUCAAUGGAAAAUGGCGACACAGUUCCAUUUUCGGAUGCUGGCUUCUACCUCUCAUUGCUGAAGCACUAUACAAAGACACGGCACCCUUUCGCUGUUAAAUGGGUCACAAGAAAUCUCCUCUCCCGGUGCCGACACACCAUCCAUACCUACCGGCAUAUCAUUGACUCUUAUGUGGAGCUCCGCGACGUCAACUCGGCAUACAGGAACUUUGCGCGCAUGAUUCGCGAAGGCAUUAUUCCCAACCGCGCCAUAUACUGCAGCAUGUUGCAUGGCCUAUCACUACGACGUUGUGUAGAUGUUGACAAAAAAGGCAGAAAUUACAAGCACAACAUUCGCAAGCUCAGUACAUUGACCCUAGCGACCCGGAUCCUCGGGGCCGCCCUGAAGCAAGACUGCGAUUCUGGUCUCUUUGCAGCCACGAUCCAAGUAUUUGCAAAGCAUAACUACUUAGAGGGAGCAGAAAGGAUUCUGCGGCUCAUGCAAGGCUCUGGCGUCAAGCCUGAUAAACGCAUCCUUUUGUCCUUUUUUUACCUUAACGUUCGGACCCAUCGUGUCACCACUGCGCACAGUCUCCUAGACAUCCUUCUACAAGAUCGCACCAUGGUCCCAGAUCCGAAAGAUCCGUCUCUGCAUCGUUUCGUAUUGCUGUCCUACAUCCGCUGUGGAAAGAACGCUCAUGCCCUCCGGCACGUCUGGAGAAUGGACCAAAUGGGUGUCAAAUUGGAUGAAGAAAUGAUGAAGAAGGAGGGAUGGACGGGAGAUGCGUGGGUCAGAACAGUUGUCAAGAAACUUUUGGCCAAGAGGGAGUUGGGGCACAAGGAGACGACGGUGGACAUGCAAAACCUGGAGCGGGUGGAGGCAGAAGUGAACGGAAGGGGGAAAUCUUUCAUUGCCCCUUUCUAUACACCGUUCUUGGAGUAG